UUAAUGAUGACGCACUAACAGAGAAUUUUCACGAAGGUUGCAAAACAAUUGCGUCAGAAAGCUGCGCACUUGUUUCUAGAAAGGUGAACGACGAACGUUGCUGUCUCGACUGCUAAAGUUACAGGAUAAUAUAUUGUUACCAUGUUGGUGGCGAGGCUAACGUGUCUGAGGGGUCUUCCUCUCACCGGGCUCCGUCCUGUGCUGUCACAGGGCUCCCCAGCCCUGAGAACACCCACCCUGAAAGCCUGUCCACCUCUGCUCAGGCCGCACCAGGGUUAUUCCUCUAAGGCCAGAUUUGGUUUCCGCCGUGGGAAGAUGGCUAGAGACCAGCUCCAAGAAGCAGCUUUUGAGCCAGCAACAGAUACCGCCAUUAGAAUUGACAGCAUGGGAAGAAUUUUUCUGGCCGGAGGUGCUGCAGUUGGCCUUGGAGCUCUGUGCUACUAUGGACUCGGCAUGUCCAAUGAAAUUGGUGCCAUUGAGAAAGCAGUCAUCUGGCCUCAGUAUGUGAAGGACAGGAUCCAUUCCACGUACAUGUACUUUGCAGGCAGUGUUGGACUGACAGCUUUGUCAGCUGUAGCAGUGAGCAGGACCCCGGCACUUAUGGGUCUGAUGAUGAGAGGAUCCUGGCUGGCUAUUGGAGCAACCUUCGCGGCUAUGAUUGGUGCCGGCAUGCUGGUCAGGUCCGUUUCAUAUGAGCACAGUCCAGUGCCCAAACACCUUGCUUGGAUGCUCCACGCAGGUGUGAUGGGCGCUGUCAUCGCUCCACUCACUCUCCUGGGAGGGCCUCUGAUGAUUAGGGCUGCCUGGUACACAGCAGGUAUUGUGGGAGGUCUGUCUACUGUGGCCAUGUGUGCCCCAAGUGAGAAGUUCCUCAAUAUGGGUGGACCAUUGGCUGUCGGCUUUGGAGUUGUCUUCGCUUCCUCUAUUGGCUCAAUGUUCCUCCCACCCACUUCAGCGUUUGGAGCAGGCCUGUACUCAGUGGCCAUCUAUGGAGGCCUGGUGCUGUUUAGCAUGUUCCUCCUCUAUGAUACACAGAAGGUCAUCAAGAGGGCAGAGACACACCCACUCUAUGGCGUACAGAAAUACGACCCCAUUAAUGCGUGUAUGGGGAUCUACAUGGACACAUUGAACAUCUUCAUGAGACUGGUGAUGAUUCUGGCCAACGGCGGCGCCGGCAGAAAGAAGUGAACCGCAACAUUCUGACUUCAGCUUCAGUAUUACCUUCCACAGAGUUGAACAAAGUCAUGUUUUAUUACUAGCAGCAUAUGCCAGGUAUUAGGGACACUUCUUAUAUAACUGGUAAAUAAACAUGAAUGCUUUGCAAGUGUGCGAAGAAGAAGAUUGCACUCUGGUACAAAGAAGAAAGACAGAUUGUUGUACAUUGAGAACACAGUGAGUGGUCUUACCUUGAUUGUGUAAGUAUCUGGUUUAUCCUGAGGAUUACAGACGCGUUAAAUCGGUCUGCAUAAUUUCAUUUGCACCAGAUGUCCUAUGUAUCCUUUAUGGUUUCUAUUUAUUUGCACUUAGUUGUGUUUCUGUUUCUAAUAAGACAGUUCAAGAAUAUUUGGGAAAUGCAACACAUGAUGUAUGUCAACCAUAGACUGUUCCAGACUCAGUACAGUAAAUGAGUGUGCUGUAUGCACUUCCUCCAGAAUACACUGAUAUUGCACUUCUUCUACAACAAUUUCAACAAUGGAAUCAUUCAAUAAACAACUCAAAAGUG